GAAGUAGUUUUGCAAUUGAAAACAAACACCAGAUCAAUGUCGUCGUCCUCGCCGCCGCCGGCACCUGUAAUUGCGGUGGUUGUAUUUCUGAUCAAGGACAACACGGUUCUUUUAGGCCGUCGCCGAGAUUCAGUUGGCCUCAACACCUUUGCACUCCCCGGCGGCCGCCUUGAGUUCGGUGAAAGUUUUGAGGAAUGUGCGACUAGAGAGGUGAAGGAGGAAACUGGGCUAGACAUUAAGGAUAUACAGUUUUUAACAGUAACAAAUGACGUAUUUACUGAAGCUGAAAAACCAUUUCAUUCUGUUGCUAUUUAUAUGCGUGCUUCUUUAUCGGAUCCUGACCAAAUCCCUCAAAAUGUGGAGCCUGAUAAGUGUUAUGGUUGGGAUUGGUACGACUGGAAAAAACCACCUCAACCAUUAUUUCGACCUCUGGAGACUAUGUUGAAAACUGGGCUGAAUCCCUUCCUUACUCACUGAAAGUGAUUAGAUCAUCUUGAAAAUGGUUGCAACUUGUUCUUCAAGUUGAAUUUGUAAGUUCGUGAAUGUAAUGAAAGAAUAACAUAAUUUUGGUCGGGUUACUUUCAAUUUAGUUAGCAGUUUGUUAACAACUCAGAAUAUAUUGGGUUUUCUUUAUGUAUGAUCAUUGUCUAAGCAUCUGUGGUUUUAAUGUCAUCAAGCCAUUUAGUA